AUGCAGUUCAGUUGGGCAUACGAUGGUGUUAACGGUUCAGUUCCGCGAAAUACUGGACUGGAAUGUGCAGAUUAUCUAUCACCUAGUCGAAAGCUGAUGGAAACAAUCGUCAUAAUACCGUUAUGCCUGAUCGCAAUCAAGUGUUCCAUAAGCAGAUUGAAACCAAUCACGUAUCGACAGCUGGAUCGAGCGACAGGUUCUGCUCUUGGUGUAAACAGAUCACUUAGUAGCAGCAAUCAUAAUCUUCACCACUUACACUACCAGCGCAAUCUGAUUGAUUCCGAACCACGAGAUUUACUGAUGCCCCACCAUCGGGAGCGAUCGUUCUCCUCUGCUUCAAUUGCCAGCGGAAUGAUAGAGGAAUUUCAUUGUCAGCGAUGUGUUCAACCGCUAUCUGGUCGCGGUAUGGUAAUACCUGGAGACAUCCUUGUACCCAGCUGGGGAAAACAAUUUCUGCUUGUUACUAUGACGCUUACGUUGGGAGUUGAGCUAGGCUUUAAAUUCGCUACCAGAACAGUGAUUUACAUUUUAAAUCCGUGUCAUAUAACUACCAUCAUACAGAUAUAUCUUUUAGCUUGUAAUAAACCGACCAAGAGCAGUACGGUGCUCUUUCGACUACAGAUGAAUUUUUUAAAUGGACCACUGUUAGCAUUCAUGUUUCCGGAAACCGAUAGCCGACAGUUACCCGUAGAAUCAUCCAUUUACUGGAUUCAACACGCGCUUAUGUGCAUUAUACCUGUAUUUUUAUUAAGAACUGGAGGCGUGUAUAACAUGGAAGCGUUGAAUGAUUUUACUUGGAAUAUUAUAGGCUAUGCUACUUUAAUAAUCUAUCACUUUGGAGUCCUUCAAGUGGUAGCAACUCCAGUACAAGUUAACCUAAACCACAUGCUAUGUCCAGCACUGAAAGAUCCCUUUGAAGGUUCUAACUACCGUAUUUGUGCUGUUUUUCAUGAGGCAAUUCUGUGCACAUUACUAUGCAAGUUGGUUACAUUUUUAUUUAGUCCGUUACCAUCUUCAAUUGUAAAUCAUCCGACGUUCAAAAACGGAAAGCCAACGGACUCAUCAUCAAUUGUUACGGCGGCUGCAGUAGGAUCCUCUACGUCUCUACCGCCACACCUAAUCUCAUCAUCUCGUCCAUCUUCGCGUUCAUCGUCGCCAGCAAAAUCCACCUCAAUGCUGCAAGAAAACAAUAUAAUUAUAAAAACUAGCAAAAUCGACUAGUGCAGUAGGGCAUCGUUUCGAAUUUCUUCCUCCGUACUUUGGCUAGUGACGAUGGUCAACACUAGUUGAAAAUUCUUCGCGUCAAUAUACAUAAAGGCUGUUUGUAGAUAAAAGUAGACACAUUUUCAAUCUUCUACUUUCCCUAUUAAAGGACCGUAAUAUUGAGAGCCAGAUCAGUAACCCUGACUUAUUCAAUAGGUGAUAUAACUUUUAAUUACAAUUAUGAAUUAUAUUCUUGCAGAUGGCUGGCCGUCAGCUGAUAUCUUGAUAAGAAAAUAAAUAGAUGAAGAAGAGUGUGUUUCUCUUCUAUAUAGAUAUAGCGACACUCGUAUUUACAUUGCUUUGAACGUUACAUUCAAUACUAACAGGAUGUAUU